AAAUGAAGGAGAAAAGAGGAGAAAUUCAAGGAUAGUUGAAAAAAAGGAGGAAGAAAUGAGGAAUCUUCCUCUUGGAAAGUGGCUUUUAACCAGCCAUAGUCAUAGUGGGGAUCUGGGAAGUGAUUCCCUUGGUCUCCCACAUCAGCAAGAGGAGGUUUGAGUUGUGUGAUGCUCCCCAUAUGAAUCUCACACAUCCCUUGGUGGGCUUUCAGGUCCGCUUCCUGGAGCAACAGAACAAGGUCCUGGCCACCAAAUGGGAGCUGCUCCAGCAGCAAGGACCAUCAGGGCCGAGGAAGAACCUCGACACCAUCUUUGAAAACUACAUCCAGAACCUGAGGAGGAGGCUGGAUUCCAUCCUGGGACAGAGGGGGCAGCUCGAGUCGGAGCUGCAGAACAUGCAGCAAUACGUGGAGGAGUACAAGACCAAGUAAGUGCCCUGGCAGGCUCAGGAAGGAGCUCAAGCAGCCUGGAGAGCAGAGCUUGGGCAUUCCCACAGGCUUCCCAUUGCUGAGGAGCUCUGGAGAAAUGGGGCUGAGGGAAGAGGG